AUAUGGACCGAAUUACUUGAAGGAUGAAACCUCUUGGCAACCGCAAGAGAGGUCACAAUGGCCGCUGUGGGCCUUAGUCGAGUUAUUCGUCGUUUACAGCCACAUUCUGUUGUUCAGAGGUGCAUUUCUACUACACCUAGGAGUCUUGCAGGUGCUGUAUGGGAAAAAGACUUUCUCCCAGGUCCAUACCCUAAAACAGAGGAGGAGAGAAGAGCCGCAGCGAAGAAGUAUGGGAUGCAGCCGGAGGACUACAAGCCGUACGAUCCAGAACUAGGGUGGGGCACCGGCGACUACCCCCAUGUGGAAGCGAUCGGAAUGGAUCUUAGAUCCGAUUAUGAGCAGUUUGAUGAUUACAGACUUAAGAAGAACUUCAAUGAACCACUGCCCCUUGAAUUUGAUUGGACGGACAGAGUGGAUUAUGGGCGGAGUUAUCACCCCCACACAGAGGGUGACAUGAUCAUGUUCCUGAUCUCUGUCUUUGGAUUUUAUGCCCUUGCAGAGUACCUGUGCAACAAAUAUAUACCACGUCACGAAGAGGCGAUGCCAAAACAAUACCCUUACACCUAUGACAUAAGUAGAUCUACAUACAAGGAUCCAUCAGAAAUUAAAAGAACUAUUCACUAUACCUUUGAGCCCGAGCAGAGUAACUGAUGAGAACAGAAUAUUUUCUUACGUCAGUCAGUGUAUAGACCAAAGUGUGAAAUCAGUGACCAUGGUGGCUGUUUGAUGUAAAUAAAUUAAUGGAAUCUUG